CCGUCUUUGGUUGGCGCGGACCUUUUUAUCGUUCGUAACUAGUUCUUUGGAAGAAAAGAGUGUAGUUUCGAAAAAAUACUGUACGCAGCUAAUUGCAUUUUCAUGGAGCUCUUCGUCUCCCGACUGGGUCUGCGAAAUGACCCUCGCAGGAGCCCAUACCCGACUACUGUAGCGAGCUGUCGUGACGUUUAUAAAAGGCUUCGGAAUGCGAGGUUACAAAGUCUAAUUUUCGUAACAUUUUCAAUUAAAAUCACCAUCCACCACUCUCUUUUUUCACGUAAAUUCUCCUCCGCGACUCCGGCGCGGAAAAGAAAAAAAUCCGUCCCGAGUUAUUUUUUUUUUGUUUGUUUUGCUAUCAACUCUUCCUGCCUGGGGGGGGGGGAAUACUCCAACCAAAAUGGCGGACAAGGAGGACGAGAGCAACAUGACAACGGGAGCUACGGAGGGGGACGGCAGCGGCGGGGCCCGGUUCCACGUCGUCGCCGGGGUGACACAGGCGAUGAGCGGGGUCCUGGCGCCCCAGGAGGCCGGGGACGAGAGCGGGCCGGGCAGCAACUGUGUGGAAGUCGGCGUGAAAGAGUUGGCGGAGACUCCGGGCAUUUCUGAGUACUUGCACGUCUCUGCUGGCGGGGGAGUCCAUGAGGGUGCUGUUCUCGGGGGCACCUGCCAGGUGGUUAGUGCAUUUACGGCCGGGGACGGACUGCUCCCCGGGGGCAGCAUCAUAACGUCGUUCGUCGAGACUCCCGGUGUGGAGACGGUGACCACGACUGACUUCACUGCCGUGGCAGGUGAGCUGGUGGACACCCUUGCGCCAGCCACCAGCACGAUCAUAUACGUCCAGCCGGACGGCAGCUUCGUAGAGGGGACGGGUUUAACCCCGGAGGAGCAGCAGCAACUUGUGGAGCAGCUGGCCAGCCAGCAGCUGGUCGAGGUGACAGAGAACGAGGCGGCUCGCAUCUUCGAAACCCAGCAGCCAGCGCCGCAGUUCCCGCAGAUACCCGCUCCGCCGCCGCCGCCGCCGGCUGCUCAGUACAUCCAGCACAGCGCAACUCUGGCGCCGGAGGAGCUGCAACAAGUGAUCGAGCAAGUCGCCAAGUCGCACUGCCUGUUCCCCGGCGGCGGCGGCGGCGGAGGCCCGCUGGAGCUGGCGGCCGGCGCGCCGCCCCUGGCCAUCAUGCAGAACGCGUCCCGGCAGCUGCAGCACGUCGCCAAGCAAGUGGCGCUCCAGCAGAGCCAGUCGCAGAACGGGACCCGCCUGAUCCAGAAAAAGCAGCUGGAGACCAUCCGCAUCCAGGUGCGGAGCCAGACCCUGCCCGAGCCCAAGGAGAGCCCCCUGCCCCCCCUGGCCGUGUUCCACCCCAAGAGCGUCGCCGCGGGCCAGCCGGUGCCCAAGCUCAGCGUGACGCCGGCGGUGGGCCUCGGCGGCCCGCAGAUCAUCCACAUCCAGCCCGUGAUGGGCGCGGGGGCGCCGCAGCAGUUCGUGCUGCAGAGCUCCGGCGAGCCGCCCAUCCAGCUGCUGGUGCACCGGCAGGUCCCGUCCGACUCGGAUGACUACUCCGAGAUCAGCGUGGAGGAGGAGGAGGCCGAGGAGAGCAAGGGUGACGCGGCCCCCAUCAACUUCAACCUCAACCCCAAGGCCUUCAAGUGCGACACGUGCGAGAAGGCCUACAUCGGCCGGGGGGGGCUGUCCAGACACUACCGACUCAAUCCCGCGCACGGGCAGAUGAAGCCGCCCGCGCAGGCAGCGGCUGCCCCCCAGGGUGCAGACGGGGCGGGCUGCGAGGUGGGACCCCCCACGGGGAACGCUGGGGGGGCGCCUGCGACAGAGCCUCCUGUGCACGCCACACCGACACCGGUUCCAGCCUCACGGGCGGCAGACGGCACCGAGCUGCUGCCCCCAGGGCCACCUGUGGCCCCUGCGGAGGGUGUCGACCCGGUAGGGCCACUGUCGGAGCCAGUCGUGGCACUGCAAGGGCAGAAGGCUGACACCCCCCUUUCAGUACAGCCUGCCCCGGGCCCAGGGGUACCGUCCUGCGCCGGGCCGGGGAGACCACGCGGUCCUGGCCGACCCAAGGGACCGGGCAGGCCAGGGCGCCCCAAAGUAUCAGGCCGUCCAGCAAGAAGAGCCAGGCCUGGUCGGCCCCCCAAAUACCUGGGAGGAGUUACCACAGAACAGCAGGCACAGAGGAGAAGAGCCCGAUUGAAAGAGAUCUUGCAGCAAAGUGACACUGAAGAGCUCAUGGAGAUGGCUCUGCCCCGCCUGGCAAAAGUCAUGACAGUGUGGGAGUUUUUACUCAUGAAGGUGGAGAAGGGGCGGCCCUCCAGGCCUCACUUUGCAGAUGUGUACAGGGAGUUCGAACAGCUGCACAGCCAGGUGAAGAAGAUGGCGCAGGAGCACUUCGGUUCUCCUCUCGGCCCGGGCCCGCACACCCCUCUGGAGAUCAGAGACCCAGAGGUGUCCAGGUCCUUGGGCAUUGAGGAUCUUGUGAAGAAGGCCAGGCUGCAAGGUGCAGCUUCUGUGGUACAGCCAGCACUAAGGGUCUGCAAGGAAAAUAAUCUUUCAGCAGGCAAACGUCUCAUGGAGCAUGAGAGCGAAAGCUCAUUUCUGCCAGCAAAAAGGAUAAGAAUAGAAAACUCAGCUGUAGAAACGAAUGGCGUUUACCUUAACCAAAACGGAAUUCAGAAUAUUGUGAAAGAAGUGCAGUUAACGACUGGGACUGCUCAACAAGGCACUAUUCAGGCUCAGAACGAACCCAGUGCGUUGUCUCAGGGGCCAACAGUUGAACUAAAUGGAUCAGCUGUGAAGGGUGCACUAGAAGUAGACCCCAGCAGCAGAAAAGCACUGGAGACAGAAAAUGGGUUUCCGGUCUUGGAGACUAGAAAUGAACCAGCUAAUGUGCUGUUGUACCAGCCAGUGGAAGUCACUCUGCAUGGUUCUCAAACUGAGAUCCAGAAGCAGGAGGAGCUGACUGUUUCGGAGCAAGCGGUGGUCUUCACAAGCCUGGAGAACGACUUCACGCCCGAGGAGCUGGUUGAGGAGCACUUAGCUAACACUGUGAAUCACGAAGUCAUGGAGGUUGAACCAGCUGGAGGAAUGGAGGGGGAUGUACAAAGUGAGCAGGAGAGUGGGACAGUUCUCUUGGCGAUCCCCCAAAACGACCAGCAAGGCGGCAGCGCGAAACCUUCGGAGGUGCUGAACGAUUCUGACAUAGCAGAUCAAAUGCACCAGCUGGAGAAGGCACUUUCCAGGGAUGUGGUGCCUUUGGACCAUUCUUACCGGACUCACAACGCAGAGCCUAGGGGGCAGCACCAGCAGACUUUAGCACCUAUCCCUGCUUCAGACAGCCUGCAGAGUGAGGCCGAGGGCCAGCCAGAGGGCGGCCUGCAGGUGAUGGAGGAGAAGGGUUUGACCUUGGUGGAGAGCGUGGAGCAGAACGGCAGCCUGGAGCACAUCAUAUCCGUCGGGGGAACGGUCGAGUUCAAGCUCUCGGACGCAAACCAGGAGCUGUUAUCUCAGGGUCAUGAGCAGAUCUUCAUCCAGACAUCGGAAGGCCUCAUCAUGCACCACUCGGGAGGGGAUAUAGCAUCGGAGCGCAUUCUGAUAGUGACGGAUACCGACGGCACCACCAUGCACAUCCGUGCUCCUGAAGGUGUCCCCUUGGAGACGGUGGAGGCCCUGCUGGGUAUAGAGACAGAGGGACAAAGCGAAGGUAUCCUGGUUUCAGAGACUUCCCAGUGAGCUCUUACUCAGGCAGUGCUGAAUCUCAAGGGUAGAAUGGCAAAAUUGCCCCUGUAGCAGACCUCUUCUGGGAGGGGCUUUUUCAGCAUACCAUCAUAUAUUUUUAUAAUCUUGACAUUCAAGCUGAAGACUUUUAAAUUAUUUGUACAGUUUAUUUCAUAUGUGUGUGUACAAUGCUCAGUGUUUCUCACCAUUGUUGAAAAGGUUUUCUAUGAACCCCUCCUAAAAUAUAUGUACAUAUGUAUAGCUUAUUAUAAGAAGAAUUUACAUACCAAUUGAGUUAAAAAAUUUGCACUAUUUUUCUUAUUACUUUUUUUAAGGGUACAAAUGUUUGCCAAAUUGUUUUUCACUGCCUUUGAUGAAUUAAUAUUAUACCUUGAGACCCCUUCUCAAAGAGAAAAUAAACCGCAGUAUUGUUUUA